AUGGCAGGAAGUCCGCGGGAACAGUGGGAGAGAUUGCAGAUUAUGCUCCAGAACCGAGCUCGGUCUGGAGGCGGCGGAGGUGGUGGUUUCCGAUUCGGAGGAGGUGGUGCGCCUCUUGGAGGCCCAGCUAUUGCGAUUGCUGUGUUGGUAGCUGGAGGAUAUGCGCUUUCGGCUUCUUUGUUCAACGUUGAUGGUGGUCACCGAGCUAUCAAGUAUUCCAGGAUAUCCGGUGUCAAGAAGGAGAUUUACAAUGAAGGAACGCACAUCAACAUCCCUUGGAUCGAAACACCCGUCGUCUACGAUGUUCGAGCGAAGCCAAGAAACGUUGCAUCCUUGACCGGAACGAAGGAUUUGCAGAUGGUCAACAUCACAUGCCGUGUCUUGUCGCGACCAAAAGUCGACGCUCUUCCACAGAUCUACCGAACUCUCGGCAAAGACUUUGAUGAGCGAGUAUUGCCCUCGAUCGUCAAUGAGGUUUUGAAGAGCGUCGUUGCCCAGUUCAACGCCAGUCAGUUGAUUACACAGCGAGAGAAUGUCGCCCGACUUGUCCGUGAUAAUCUGGCUCGACGAGCUGCUCGGUUUAAUAUCACAUUGGACGAUGUUUCUUUAACCCACCUUGCAUUCUCCCCCGAGUUCACCGCUGCCGUCGAAGCCAAACAGGUCGCUCAACAAGAUGCCCAGCGAGCCGCUUUCCUCGUCGACAAGGCUCGCCAAGAGAAACAAGCCACCAUCGUCCGAGCCCAGGGUGAAGCCCGCUCUGCCGAACUUAUUGGUGACGCCAUCAAGAAGAGCAAGAGUUACAUCGAGCUCCGACGCAUCGAAAACGCCCGAAAUGUUGCGCAGAUCUUACAAGAAGCUGGUGGCAGGAACAAGCUUUACCUUGAUACUCAGGGUUUGGGCUUGAACGUCAAUGCCAGCCCUGAAAAUGAGAAAUAA